AUGGGGAAUAUACAAAAGAAACAUCAGCUAGACGAGCACCUAAACGCCGGACUCUCCUAUAAAAAAAGCCAUCAAUUUAACCUGGCAGUUGAAAACUUUCAACGAGCCUUGAUAUUAGCCAAAGAAUUGAAAGACGGGGAGAAAGAGUCCAAGGGAAACAUUCAGUUAGGAGAUGCUCACAGAUUGAACAAUCAGAUUGAAAGGGCAAUGGAAUACUAUGAAAAAGCCAUGGAAAUUGCCAAAGAACGAGGAUAUAAACACGAGGAAACAAGUGCGUACCUUGGCUUAGGAAAAGCUCAUAUAUUGAACAAUCAGAUUCAAGAGGCAACUAAAUACUAUGAGCAAGCCAUGGGAAUUGCAAAAGAACGAAAAGAUCAAGCUCAGGAGACAACGGCAUACCUUGAGUUAGGAAAUGCUUAUAGAUUGAACAAACGGUUUCAAACGGCGAUUAAAUACUAUGAGCAAGCCUUGGAAAUUGCAAAAGAACGAAAAGAUCAAGCUCAGGAGACAACGGCAUACCUUGGGUUAGGAGAAGCUUAUAGUUUGAACAAACGGUUUCAAACGGCGAUUAAAUACUAUGAGCAAGCCUUGGAAAUUGCAAAAGAACGAAAAGAUCAAGAUCAGGAGAUAAUGGCAUACCUUGGGUUAGGAAAUGAUUGUAGAUUGAACAAUCAGUUUCAAACGUCAAUUAAAUACUAUGAGCAAGCCUUGGACAUUGCAAAAGAACGAAAAGAUCAACAUCAGGAGACAACGGCAUACCUUGGGUUAGGAGAUGCUUGUAGAUUGAACAAUCAGUUUCAAACGGCUAUUAAAUACUAUGAGCAAGCCUUGGAAAUUGCAAAACAACGAAAAGAUCAAGAUCAAGAGACAACGGCACACCUUAAGUUAGGAAAAGCUUAUAGAUUGAACAAUCAGUUUCAAACGGCAAUUAAAUACUAUGAGCAAACCUUGGAAAUUGCAAAAGAACGAAAAGAUCAAGAUCAGGAGACAACGGCAUACCUUAACUUAGGAAAAGCUUAUAGAUUGAACAAUCAAUUUCAAGGGGCAAUUAAAUACUAUGAGGAAGCCUUGGAAAUUGCAAAAGAACGAAAAGAUCAAGCCGAGGAGACAACGGCAUACCUUAACUUAGGAAAAGCUUAUAGAUUGAACAAUCAGUUUCAGGGGGCAAUUAAAUACUACGAGGAAGCCUUGGAAAUUGCAAAAGAACGAAAAGAUCAAGGUGAGGAGACAACGGCAUACCUUAACUUAGGAAAAGCUUAUAGAUUGAACAAUCAGUUUCAAACGGCAAUUAACUACUAUGAGCAAGCCUUGCAAAUUGCAAAAGAACGAAAAGAUCAAGAUCAGGAGACAACGGCAUACCUUGGGUUGGGAGAUGCUUGUAGAUUGAACAAUCAGUUUCAAACGGCAAUUAAAUACUAUAAGCAAGCAUUACGAAUUGCAAAAGAACGAAAAGAUCAAGAUCAGGAGACAACGGCAUACCUUAAAUUAGGACUUGUUUAUAAAUCAAACAAUCAGUUUCAAACAGCAAUUAAAUGCUAUGAGCAAGCCUUGAAAAUUGCAAAGAAACUAAAAAAUAAACACAAAGAAAAUAUUGCGAGAUAUGAAAUUGAAGAAUUGUCAAGAAUUGCUGGUAUGUUUAGGCAUUUGAAUGUCCUGGUUGGUUAG